GAAGUGUCUACACAGCCAGCUCCUCACAAGUUCACUAUGGCCAACAGCAGCAUCUUACAGCUGGCCCUUCUCCUGCUCCUCUCUGCUGCUGUCUCUUCUAAAGGCUUUGACUCACUUCGCUUCCAUCAAAGAAAAACCAAUCAAAGGAGUGUGAGUCUCCUGAAUAAAAUGAUUGGAAAAAUUCCUCCAGAAUGUCUACAGGAGAGAAUGGACUUCAAGAUCCCCCAGGAGAUUGUACAGCCUAAGCCAUACCAAAAGGAGAAUGCGACCAUGGUCAUCCAUAAGAUGCUCCAGCAUAUCUUCUUGCUAUUCAGCAGCAAAAACGCCAGUCCUGGUGUAGAUAAGACCAUCAUUGAGACAUUCCUCAGGGGAAUCUAUCAGCAAAUGGUGCAUCUGGAAAUGGCUUUGAAGGAAGAGAUGGAUCAGGCCAAUAGCACCUGGGGGAGUGAAGAGAGCAUCUUGCAUCUCAAUAAUUAUUAUCAAGGAAUAAUGAACUAUCUGAAAAACAAAAAGUACUGCAGCUGUGCCUGGAAGAUUGUCCAGGGGGAAAUCAGACAGAAUUUUAUCUUCCUUUUUAAAUGGACAGAAUUUCUAAAAAAUUGGAGGACCUGGAGAGUGCACUUCAGAAACUAG